AUGUUGGCGAUUCAGCCGUUUUUUGGCGGAGAAGAGCGGACGGAAUCGGAGAAGAGACUGAAGAGUGUGCCGCUGGUGAACGUAGAGCGGACGGACUGGAUGUGGAAGGCGUUUUUGCCUGACGGGUCGGAUCGGGACCACCCGGUGGUCAAUGUGUUCGGGCCGAACGCGGUGGAUAUUUCGGGGGUGGAUUUUCCGGCGACGAUUGUGGUUGUUGGGGGAUUUGAUUUUGAUCCGUUGCAGGAUUGGCAGAAGAGGUACUACGAGGGAUUGAAGAAACGCGGGAAACAAGCGGAGCUGGUGGUGUUUCCGAACGCCAUUCAUACUUUCUAUGCUUAUCCCGAGUUGGAUGACUCUUCUGUGUUUAUUAACCGAGUCAGGGAUUUUGUGCAAUCGCAAUUGGUUAAUGCUAUUAUUGAAACAAGACAUUAA